CUCACUCCUUCACCUCAGCUGACGACUUAAUGGUUUUUGUGGCGUCUUACCACUUGAAACAUUUCUCAGUAUUUACAGCAGAAUCACGGUGGUUGUUUGUGUCGUUUUAAUUUAUGGAGAAGAAAAUGUUGAAGUCGGUGACUCUGUUUAUCUUUCUGUCAUGGACAGCAGUGACGGCCAAAUACGUUGCCCCCAUCUACAAGGCAGUUGGUGACAAAGUCGUCCUCACACCCUCGCCCUCUGCGGUAAAGCUCAGUGAUCCCAUCACCAACAUCACGUGGAAACAUGGACCUAACAUCGCUGUGGAGUGGUACGGAGACCGCAAUUUCACUUACCACCUCUUCGAAGGUCGCAGCAUGCUGAAUAGUUCAACUGGAGCGCUCACGAUCACCGGACUGACUCGAAACGACAGCGGCAACUUCACACCAGAGAUCAACGGCCAAGUCACCAAAGCGACUCUUCUCCACGUCAUCUCUCCUGUCCCUAAACCCACCGUCUCUACAUGGUGUGACACUGAGAUGACCUACUGUGUGUUCACCUGUGAAGGCAACACCACAGAGACUGAGCCAUUCACCUAUGGAUGGUCCGCAAGUGACAUGGUUUGGCUGCCUUCAUCCAAGACUCACAAAGUCACAGAGGAGGAAACGGAGCCAACUUUCUGCUGUAUGUUGGAAAACCCAGUCAGCUUCAAAUACAGUGAAUAUGUCCGUAACCCCUUCUUUUUUGAUCAAUCAAGUUUGAUCUUAGCCAUCUUCAUCAUGUCGAUAGUGGUGAUUCUGCUUUUGGUUGCACUCUUGGUUGUAUACAUAUGCAGAAAAGUUCGAGAAGCUAAAGGAGCGCCUCAAGAGACCUCAGCAAUGAUGUGGAAAGGCCAGGCAGCAGUGGAUGAAGAGGCAGCACAUGGCUCACAGACAUGAAGUACUCUUUGUGUUUAAGAUUUCAGACAGGCUGAGGGGGUUUCAUCUCUGCAUGUAAAUGCUAAAGCUGCUAAACGUAGCGCUACAUGCAGACACCUGGGUCCAGGACUGUACUCCUAAUCUACUGCAAGGCGAUAAGUUUUGGUUGUACUUUUUUUUUUAUUUGUAUCAAGAAUAUUUUUAUUUAAUUUUAACAUAUUUACACACAAGAUCUGCUCCAAACAGGGCUGUAAUGGCAUUAGUGUCCCAGUUGAGAGUCGCAGUUCAGUAGUUAUUCAGUGAUGUACAUGACACUGUACACACUGACAGAAAGCAGCAAGAACAAGACAGCUCUGGAAGUAUUUCAGAAAAGGGCCCCAAACCUUUUGGAAUUCUUUUAUCUAAGUUACAAAUUGAGUAGCGCAUCUUUUCAAGAUUAAGGCAGGGCGUAAUGUCCCUCAGCCACUGGGCAUGGGAGGGCGGGGCAGCAUCUCUCUAUCCGAUUAGAACUGCCUGUCUGGCCAGCAGACAGGCAAAAGACAUUGUACUCAGGUAUACAUCAUCCUCUCCGCUGGUGCCAAAGAAGGCGACCAGAGGGCUGGGUUACAGGUCAAAGCUGAGGAUUGAUUGGAGGAUUAAGGUUUGAAAAACGUCCCUGUUGUUUAUUUGAAUUUUAUUCAUUGAUUUUUACCAUUUUCUUAUUGUCACUUUUCCUCUUGCAACUUUUUUAAUGAUUAUUUAUUUUUGCGUUUAUUUAUACUCUUUAUUUGUCAAAGUUAUAGUCUUUUACAGUAGAGGGGCUGUGUCUCAUAGAAACAAAAGAAAAACUAAAGUAGCUACUGUGCGUCCCUCACACCCCACGAUCCCAACAUCUCAAAUGACAAAAACAACUAAAACAAACAAUAAAAAUAAUAAGGAAGUAAAUAUAACAGUAAUAUAAAUAAUAAUACAUGCAUACAUAGGAUUACUGCAAUAAAUAAUAAAGUAGAGAAAAGUAAAUGAAAUAAUUACUGUACUCUCCUCAAUCUUGCAUCAGAUAGUUUAGCUAUAUUCCUAAUGUUUGGUUUGUCAUCUCCAUUUUAUAGAUCUCGUUAAUCGUGUCCUUCCAUGUGCUUAGUUUUGACGCCUCUGGUUUCAGCCAGUUUUUUGUUCUCUUUCACUUCAAGUGUUAUAUUCCAAAAAGAUACUAGCAGUGGUGUUCGGCCAAGUAAUAAUUGCUGGAGCCCCAAAGUUAGUGUGCACUGAAAUGCUGUCUAUCACUUCCCUUAUUUCUGUCCAAUGUUGCUGCAGAAUUGAACAGGAAUAGAAUAUGGGGGUAUUUUAGUUUAGUUUAGUUUAGUUUAGUUUAUAAUUUUAUUUGAUUUAAUUAUGUUAUUUUAUUUUAUUUUUAUUUCAUAAUUUUCUUUCUUUAUUCUUUAUUGAAUUUUUGUUAGUUUAGUUUAGUUUAGUUUAUAAUUUUAUUUGAU